AUAAACUGUGUGGGUGAUGGCUGUUUCUAAAUAUUUUAAUGAAAUCUUGAAAGCCAAGACUUUGGAAUGAAACACAGCUUGCCUGUUGAGGAGAUACCUUUAGUGUGAGGAAAGGUAUCUGAUGUGAAGUAGAUGGUGUUGAGAAAUUGCUUCUGUAGUCACUGUCAUUUUGGAUGGCAGCUUAGGAGUAUACUUUGAUAGGCCUUGCAAAUGUUAAAUAGACAUGUCUUUUAACCAUCAUAAUCUGUGUCCUCAGACCAUGUUGAGUUUUGGAGCACAGUAUGUAAAUGAACAAAUGCCUUUUUUGUGUUUUGGUCUUGAAUCCUUUCUCCACCAGAUUUUCAUUAAUGUCAAGGGAAGUAGGUCUCUUCAAAGAAGGGACCUGUCCCAAAGGAGUGUUCUUUCCCAGUUGUUUUCUGCAUCUGCUUUAGGGAAUGUUGCUGGGAAUUACUUUCUCUUGUGCUUGGGAUAUGUGGGGGAAGGUGAGGAAACUGGGACUGGCGAAUUCAUCCUGUUCCAUUGUGAAUCAGCAGUAGAGCCUUUCCGUAAGUACCUAGUUAUAGUGCCACAGCUGGCCCUCAGCUCUGGCAGCUCCUUCUGGAGAGAACCAAGUGGUAACUGCAGUGAGAGCUCCUGACAAUUGCCAAUAAAGUGUUUUCAGCCUUUAAAUAGAGAGACAUGUUUUAAAUUGUUGGUAAGCAGGAGAAAUAUGUUUUUGUUGAACUUUCACAUAUUAAAUUAAAGUCCCUAACAGUAGUUCGAAUUCUAAGCCUUUUCACCUUCCUAUAACCAGUUUUCGAUCAUAUUCAGUUGUUUUUGUAAUGGAGAAUCAAGAGAAAAAAAUGAAUUUUAAAAGGAUUUGCAGCUUUGGGCUCUCUUUUCACUACAUGAAAUGGGUUCUAACUUUUAGCUUGGUUUUGAAUUCCAGCUUCCAGACAAUAGUUACUGCUCAGUGAAUUGAAUGCCACAAAGCUUGAUUUACUCAGUACUUACACUGCUUUUUACAUGCUAGGCUUGACAGCCACUUAGAGGAAAGGUCACUUGUCAGGACAUCCUGUUCCUCAGUUGCUUGUUCUUGUCAGCUUCCUGAAUUGCAACAGUUGAGUAUUUGUAAACUCCCAAGAAAAUUCCUCUGGGAUUAGAUUUAAGAGAUAAGCAACGUCUUGUUUUUUGUUUUACCGCCCAUAUGUAUGUGCUUGUUCCGUCAAUAUGCAACCUGUUUCAACAGUGGAAUAUAUUUAAUAUGGACUCUGCUAGUUGUGGUUGGAAUUGGAUCUGUUUACUUUCACGCCACCCUCAGUUUCCUGGGCCAGAUGCUGGAUGAGCUGGCUAUUCUCUGGGUCCUGAUGUGUGCUCUUGCCAUGUGGUUCCCUAGGAGAUACCUGCCUAAAGUUUUUCGGAAUGACAGGAGCCGAUUUAAAGCUGCCGUAGGUGUCCUGUCUGGAGUUACUACCUGCCUUGCCUUCAUUAAGCCUGCCAUCAACAGCAUCUCACUAAUGACUCUGGGUGUUCCCUGCACAGCUUUGCUCGUUGCUGAGUUGAAGAGGUGUGAAAACCUGCGUGUGUACAAACUGGGCCUCUUUUCAGGUCUUUGGUGGAUGCUAGCACUUUUCUGCUGGAUCAGUGACAAAGCAUUUUGUGAGAUCUGGUCCUCAUUUAAUUUCCCUUAUUUGCACUGUGUAUGGCACAUUUUGAUCUGUCUUGCGGCGUACCUGGGUUGCGUCUGCUUUGCUUACUUCGAUGCUGCCUCUGAGAUCCCCGAGCAGGGCCCCGUCAUAAAGUUCUGGCCCAGUGAAAGAUGGGCAUUCAUUGGGGUUCCCUACGUCAUCCUCCUCUGUGCACACAAGAAAGCACCUGUGAAGGUCACAUGAAGUUAGCCACGGAACACGGAUGGAGAUGCAACUUAUAUUCCAGCACAGACAAUAUUUAAAUGAUGAUAAUUGAAUAGGGUUGUAUUUUAUCUUCUUCCUAAGGUAUGCAGCACUUCAGGUGUCAUAGAAAGAGGAAGCAAGUGUGCUCUAUCCUCUCUGGAGAGGAGAGAGGAAGCAGGAAGGUGGAGGCCCUCAAACACUAAAGUAACCACUGCCU